CAGUUUUCUUCUUCUAUCCUAUUUUUGUUUGUAUUUUAGGUUAUUUAUACUGUUUUCUCCAUGUCUCUGUUUCUCCUUGUGAAGGGGACGUGCUGUUCCAGAUGGCUGAGGUCCACAGACAGAUCCAAGUGCAGCUCGAGGAAAUGUUGAAAAGCUUCCACAAUGAGUUGCUCUCUGAGCUUGAGAAGAAGGUGGAUUUGGAUGCUCGCUACUUGACUGCUGCCUUGAAAAAAUACCAGAUGGAACAUAAGAGCAAAGGGGAGAGUCUGGAAAAAUGCCAGGGUGAACUGAAGAAGCUCAGAAGAAAGAGCCAGGGCAGUAAGAACCCUUCAAAGUACGGAGAGAAGGAGAUGCAGUUUGUGGAGACCAUUAGCAAUAAGCAGACUGAGCUAGAUAGCUUCAUUGCUGAGGGCUACAAGACGGCUUUGUCUGAGGAACGUCGCAGAUACUGCUUUCUUGUGGACAGACAAUGUGCUGUGGCCAAAAACAACAGCGCCUACCAUGGAAAGGGUAAAGACCUUUUGACCCAGAAGAUCCCAGUGUGGCAGCAGGCCUGCUCAGACCCCAAUAAACUCCCGGACAGAGCCAUGAUGCUGGCCCAACAGAUGUGUUCUGCUGCUCUUGGGAGCACCAGUCCCCUGCACUCCUCCAAAUCCAAUCUGGUCAUCUCAGACCCCAUACCAGGGGCUCAGCCUCUUCCUGUUCCCCCAGAGCUGGCUGUUUUUAUGGGCAGUGGUCUUGGACACCCCGCGAGGCUGAUGGGUCCUGAUGGCAUGUCCAUGGUCAAUGGGACGACAGGAGUCCAUGGAGAGGAAUACUGGACAGAUGGGGGUACAAUGUCAGUCUCUCAAGUUAGGCCGUCAUCCCCUCAGGCUCAGACACAGGGUCCGUCCCAGGUCCCGCCCCAGAGACAGGUCAGCGACGUCUACUCCAAUACUCUCCCUGUCCGUAGGCCUGCUCCAGCCAAGAAUAAAAAUCCCGUUGGGGAGACACGGACUUUGCCCAGGUCCAGCUCCAUGGCGGCUGGACUGGAAAAGAACGGGCGCUCCCGCGUCCAGGCCAUCUUCUCCCAUGCUGCAGGUGACAACGGUACCCUGCUAAGCUUCUCUGAGGGAGACGUUAUCACUUUGCUAGUGCCUGAGGCCCGUGAUGGCUGGCACUAUGGAGAAAAUGAGAAAAACAAAAUGCGUGGCUGGUUUCCAUUCUCUUACACUCGUGUGCUCCCUGAGAGUGAUGGGGACAAGCUGAGAGUGAAUUCCAGUCUUCAUCAUGGUAAAAGCAGCAGCACAGGGAACCUGCUGGAGAGCGAUGCAUCAGUGCCCACACCUGAUUACGGCCUAACUGCUCGACUGCUGGCCCAGAGCUUAGCACAGACCCGCCCACGCCCUUACAGCAUGGCAGGGUUUGCUCCACAGCCUGCUAUUGAGGAUUACGACAGCCGCUUUGCCACAAGUUUGGGUCCAGAAUUGUCCCGGUUCUGAGGGAACAGGACUGCUUGACCGUUCCCUCGAGGUCUUUCUCCGGCCCUCAUUCUCUGAUGAUCGCUCUGCACCAAUAUACUACUAGCAACCUGCUUUCUCCUCUCUCCCACUAUUGGGCACCUAUUUUAAAAGAAGAGGACAGUAACAAGCCAUGAUGUGCAUUUUUCUUUUACCAGAAGAGGGCCCAGAGGUCUGAUCGUCUCAACAAAUAAGAGAAUUUGAUUUCUUCUGGUAUAGAAAAUGUCCUUUGAACAAAGAAAAACAAAAAAACCUACAGCUAGGACCACAGUUAAACAUCUCUGCCUGAAUAUGUUAUGGUAAUGGUAGAUUUAUUAAGUUAUUUAGACCACAAGGUAAGGCUAGGAAGUUUAAGUUCUAUCAUUAUUAUCUUUUUAACACUAAAAACUCUACAUUUUCUGAGACCAUUAUGUUUGCAAUAGGAUUGCUACUUGAGGGUGAUCUGAAAGCAGGACAACCACCCUUUUUGUUAUUAUGCUUCAAUUGUGCUUCUGUUAGAUCAUAUAGAUGAUUGUUUAUCAAUGAUACUCCAUGCUCAGUCAAUUUCCUGUGCCUUCUACAAGUCUUUGCUGGUUUUAUCUACAUUAAUCAUUCUAUCAUGUUCUAAUUGUUCUGCUAAAAUGGUUCAAGGGUGAUUCUUUGUUGUACAGAUUUUCUUGUUUUGUCCUGACAAUGCUCAUGGAAAUAUUUGAGCUCAAGUUUUAAUUAUUUUUUGUUUUUUUAUGUGUGGGAAGCCACUUUUUCUGUAUAAUUUAAAAAAAUAUACAGAACUUGGGAUAUAAUUCUUUUUUUUCUCCUAGUAUUUAGCUUUAAGGGAGUGAUAGAUCAUUUAGAUAUCAUCCCCAGUAUUGUAUAUAUAUAUUUUUUAAUUAUCCUCCAUUCACAGUAUUACAUUUCACACUAAUCUGGGUCACAGUAAAAAUACAAUCACACAACAACACACACACAUAUAUAUACAUAUACAUUUGUGUGUAGAUUGCAGCAAAAGAGGUUAAAAUAUAUGAAUGUUUGAGUGAAUGGACUGCAUUGCCUUCCUAAGCAUUGUUUGUGAGAGUUUUUAGUUUUUUUUUUUUUUAACUAGUCCUUAACCUGAUGUGAUCACACUUAUGUCACAAUUUAAUAUCUAUUUGUUUUGUACAAAAUUGAAUUAAACAUGGCUGCCCUUGUCUUUAUUUCUCCCUUCUGUUUCUGUUUGUACUGUAUCCAUUCUUUAAAGAAAUGCAUUUAAAUUAAACGUAACAAAUAAAUUUAAA